UGGAAUACAGGCUGACCCAGUAAAGGAGCCCACGGGGGUCUCCUCUGUCCCGGAGCCGUCGGCUCCGCACAGGUCAGAUCCGAUCCCUGGGGCUGAGUCUGAUCUUGCGGAGGCUGUCGCAAGGGAAAGACGCGAGUUGUGGUCUAUGCUGGCAAGGCACGGGAUGGAGGAUGGCGAUAAUGAGUUAGUACAGACAGCAAUGGAGAAUCUUGCAUUCCGUGUCAUCUAUACCCCCAACCCGCAGGGAGGGGUCCUAGCUGAAAUUCGACCUUUGGACUGGAAGAUGCUGUCACAGCUACGGGCUACAGUAGGGACAUAUGGGGUGACUAGUGAACCGGCCAGGCAAAUGAUAGAUUAUCUUUUUAAUGCGCAUGUCCUUCUCCCAGCGGAUAUUAGAAGUAUAGUGAAAUUGAUUUACACCCCUCAUCAAUUAAUAAUGUUUAAUGCCCAUUGGCAUCAGGAGGCUAUGGCUUCCGUAGCAGUACAAAGGGGACCAGGAGAUCCCUUGGCGGGUAUAACCUUAGAACAAUUGAUGGGUCUUGGGGCGUGGACUCGAAUAGAGGCUCAGGCAAUUUCUGAUCCUGAUGUUUUGCGAGAAACUAUGAAUAUAGCCAGGAAAGCUAUGGAUAAGAUAAAAGUCCCGGGAGGAACGCCUAUUUACAUGGGAAUAAAACAGGGGCGUGAGGAGCCGCUAGGUAAUUUCAUAGAUAAGGUUGUGGAUGCCAUCAAGAAGGCUAGUGUUCCAGAAUACAUGCAAGGGGCGCUGAUUAAGCAAUGUGUGCUCCAAAAUGGCAACUCCUCAACCCUAUCUAUUGUCAAUACACUGCCUGGGGAUUGGUCAAUUCCCGAGUUACUAGAGAAAGCUGCCUCAGUUCCAACUGGAGCCCAGGCCUUUUUAGUGAGCGCUUUGCAAAAGAUUGGCGACGGUUUGCGUGAACAGGCAAAGGCAUUUCAGGAACAAUCAAGAUCCGCGCAAUCCCAGGUUUUAGCAGCCCUUGCACCCCUCCAAGCUGCAGUCUCUAUAAGCCCCCGCUCGCAGAACAGCUCCUGCAUGAAAUGCUUCCGUUGUGGAAAUACCGGACACAUCCGUCGUGAAUGCCAAGCAACUGGGGUUUGGUGCGGCAAGUGUCAAUCCAAUACCCAUAACGCCGCUGCAUGCCGUAGAAAGUCGGGAAACGCGAGAAGCAGCGCGAGCAGCAGCCGCGCUCAGACACAAAUGGCAGCUGCAGUAACAGCAAACCCCAACAGCGACAGCCCCAACCUGCCACCAGCGGGAGCCUCGGCUGGGACGUGGCAGCCUCAGUAGAUGUUACUAUUUUGACCAACCAGCCUCAUCGAAUCCCUACCGGACUAAUUGGCCCUGUCAUGAUUAACGGUCAAGCAACCGGAGGAUUGUUAGUGGGCAGAUCAUCCGCCAGCAUGAUGGGACUAUUUGUUUUGCCCGGAGUAAUAGAUGCGGACUACCAGGGGGAAAUUAUGAUCAUGGUACACACCCCUUACCCACCUGUAAAGAUACUUAAAGGACAGCGUUUGGCUCAACUAGUACCACUGCCACAGUUAACGAAAGGGAUGGCUCCCCUUAAGCAGGAACCAAGAAAACAAGGAGGGUUCGGCUCAACUGGGGAGUUAACCCUACUCACCCUCGAUUUAUCAACACACCCAAAAAGAUUAUGUACUCUACGUUACCGUGAUCAGAGCAUUACUCUGACACAACUGUUGGAUACAGGCGCAGACACGUCUAUUAUCACCCCAGGGGAAUGGUCAUCCGGCUGGCCGCUUCAAUCUUCAACUACCACGGUGUCAGGGGUUGGAGGAAUGACACUGGCAAGCCGAACCCCCAUGCUCACAGUAGAAAUAGACGGCAGGAGAGACACAGCAGUUUUUUCGCUUACAUUGCUCCCACCUAUGGUAUCCUGCCUUAUCAGUAGGGACGUGCUGGCCCAACUGGGUCUUGUCCUUACCAAUGAGCACCCUUCAGUGUAAUGGCCAUUGCUUGGACUUUCCCACUACCACUUGUAUGGACUACAGAGAACCCAGUCAUGGUUAAGCAAUGGCCGCUAAAAUGGGAAAGUCUUCAGCAAGCACAUCAGCUCGUGCAGGAGCAAUUUGCCCAAGGACACCUAAAACUAUCCACUAGUCCUUGGAACACCCCAAUAUUCGUAAUCAAAAAGAAAUCCGGAAAGUAUCGUCUACUGCAUGAUCUAAGGGCUGUCAACGACCAGAUGGAGCCCAUGGGGGCACUUCAACCUGGGUUACCCAACCCCUACAUGAUUCCUGAACAUUGGCCCAUUCUCAUCAUCGACCUGAAAGAUUGUUUCUUUACAAUCACCCUACACCCCCAGGUUACAAAACGUUUUGCCUUUACUCUACCGGCAAUAAAUAGGGGGGGAGCCUGACAAGCGGUUUGAGUGCACAGUGCUACCGCAAGGGAUGCGUAACUCCCCAACUAUUUGCCAGUUGUAUGUUGACGCAGCACUGCAACCAUUACGCUGAGAAAUGCCAGACACCAUUAUUUAUCAUUAUAUGGAUGAUAUUCUUCUGGCUCAAAAAGAUCCAUUCACAGACUCUCAGAUCGAACACAUCAAAGCAGUGCUGGCAGCCUCCUCUUUAGUUAUAGCUUCUGAAAAGGUACAAAAAUCCACGCCCUGGAAAUAUCUAGGAUUGCAAAUCACUGAUAAGCGAGUGAAACCGCAAAAACUAACCAUCGCCACGGACAUCACUACACUUAAUGAUGCACAAAAGCUCCUUGGAGACUUACAAUGGCUAAAAUCUGUAGUAGGUCUCCCAAAUACACUGCUAGAAAAACUGUUACCCUUGCUAAAAGGCACGGACCCUUGCUCCCCAGUGACUCUUAUGCCAGAACAAAAGGAGGUGCUACAAAAGAUUUCAGACUGUAUCACUAAGGGGUUCGUCUCCCGCAUGGACCCCACCGUACCAUUGACCCUCACUGUCUGGAGCAGCGAUGUACAUCUCCUUGGCGCAGUCACUCAGCAUAAAAAGAAAACGGGGGAGAGGGUCCUGGAAUGGAUCUCGCCACCUCUUCAAAAACGGAAAACAAUAACCACAAAAACUGAAAACCUGGCAGCAGUGGUCAAAAGGGGCUGCAUGCGCAUAUUAGAGAUCAGUGGUCUGGAACCACAGACAGUUUAUCUCCCCAUGGAAAAAGCAACACUUGACCGGUAACUGCUAAAUUUGCCAGACCUAGCUGAAGCACUCUUAGCCUCAGGAGCUAAAGUAGAAACAGGUCCACUUGUCCCACGAGCACUGCAAUGGAUCGGUGAAUGGAGCUGGAUAGGUAUGCCUUUGCGAAUGGACAAACCCAUCUCGGAAGCCAUAACUGCUUAUACUGACGCUGGGAAAAAGACACGCAAGGCAGCCAUCGUUUGGGAGAAGGAGGGAGUAUGGCAGCAACACACGCUGUUCUGAGUGGACGAAGCCAGCGAGGUCACCGCAUCCUGGAGAACACGGUGAACGUGGAUGAGCGUCUUCGGCUGGGUGAAUGUGGAAGAGUGUCUCCGGCUGCUGGAGGAGCCUUACCAGACCUUCCUUCGGCAUGUUUUGUCAACAGUGACAGAGACAUUCUAUGAUCCAUAUACCUAACUGGUGCGAGCACUAAUAGCUCUACGAGGACCAAUUCCAUCCAUUCGCGGGUGUUGGGGAUGCGGUGCGCGCGUAGGCUGUAGGGCCCAAGUAUUGCUCUGUUGUGGCAGUUGUGGGAAAUUGGGCUGGUACCCACAAUCAGUUUUUUACGAACCGAACGCUUUGUGGUGCAGAGUGUCGGAAUAACUGGUGGUCGCAGAACGCAGAAAUUGAGGGGCUAUAACAAGGAUCCUUGGCCAGGCAUUUCUGGAACCUUAGGCAUUGGGUUAAGAGAGCCCAAGCUACUGGGAGGUCUCGCAUCAUAAAUUACCAAUGUGGCCUUGGAAUCAGAGCUUUUGGGGCCUGAGAGCAGCCCUGGUGGUACUGGUUUGGCUGCGAUGCUGUGGUGCAUUUUGGGCCCCUCCGCAACCUAAGGAAAAUAUCUGGGUUACGCUAGCUAAUAAGAUGGGCCAAGAUGCCAUAUGCUUAGCAUUAUCAUCUCCUGGCAACCCUUUUUCCACCUGCUUGGUAGGCAUACCCUUGGACACUCCUCCAUGUCCAGAAGGUGUCCCGCCUUGUCAAUCAAAUAAUACAAAGGGCUAUGCGGACAAUUGGGACGCGUACAUACCCCAUUUUCCCAUAGCCCCCCUAGAACCACAAGAGUUGGAAAUUCUAGGAUCGGUAAAGGCCGAUUGGUGCAUAUAUUUUAAUUGGACCGGCAUUUAUCAAGUUGGACCUGACAGAUCAAGCAUGAAACCAAGAAGUGUAAAUUCUAGCCUGCUCGUAUAUAGAAAUCAAUCAGUAUGGUGUAACUAUACAAGCACCAGUAUAUCUGUCUCAUCUAACAGCCCUAUAACACUGCCCUAUGGAGUGUUCUUGAUAUGUGGAGAUCGGGCUUGGGCAGGAGUCCCCUCUAAGAUAGUAGGAGGACCAUGUACAUUAGGCCGUUUAACACUGCUUACUCCUAAUACUUCCAUGAUCCUCCAGAUUCACAGACAGCACUCCAGGGUGAAAAGGGUGACUCAUGCCUUUACCCCAGACUGUAGAGAUGGGGUACAAUUUUGGUCUACAACAGGAAGAAUAUUUGCCUCUGUUUUAUCAGCUAAUGUGUCGGCUGCUAAAGCAUUAGCCAUGCUAAACGGUUUGGGCUGCUGGCUAGCAAAACAAACGAAUGCCACCUCAGAGGCAUUAUCUCAACUACUGAUGGAUGUGGAUUCAGUAAGGCACGCUACACUCCAGAAUAGAGCAGCAAUUGAUUUCCUGUUAUUAGCACAGGGGCAUGGGUGUGAGGAGUUCGAAGGCAUGUGCUGCAUGAAUUUGUCAGACCACUCAGUAUCUAUACAUAAGCAGCUACAAACACUGCACACGUUAACCAACCAUUUGCAAGUAAAUUCCGGCUUUGGUCUUGACGACUGGCUUAAAGGCUUAGGUUUAGGCCCCUGGCUCACUUCUCUGCUACAGCACUUGAUUACAAUUGGCCUAGUACUGAUGGCCAUCAUAUUAAUAGUUCCCUGCCUCUUUAAAUGCUUGCAAAAUGCACUAGUGAGAAUGGUUGACUCAAAAUACAAUGCCUCCUUAGUUGUUCAAAAAGAAAACGGGGGAAGUGUGGAGAGUGUUUAUGCAGAAUGGCUUCGUGAGAAAGGACAUGAUGAAAUUCCAUUAGUUAAAUUGUAAGAGAAGGUAUGUGACUGGAGGCAGCAGCUGAGGAGAAAUCAGGAUGUGAAAGACAGGAUAUGUAGCUAAAGACAGAAUAUGUAGCUAGAGGCAAGGACGGCCUAAGGGAAAAGCAAGAUGUGUAGCAAGGUGUAGACAAAGCUGCAAAGAAAAAGUAUCCAUAAGACUAACCACAAAGGUCAGAUGAAGUAAUGUGUAACCCACCAAUCCUGAGCUUUACUUUUGCAAUAUGCAUGAGCUUAUUACUGACUGUAUAAAUAAGAUGCUGUUACACCUAAUAAAUGAGACCUGUUGAUCAUGAUAGCA